UCCUCCUCUCCUCCGCCCCCGCGAGUCCCCUUAUGAUUAUUCCUCAUGCCUGGCAUCAGGUUCCCGGGGGAGAGGAGGCGGAGAGUUGGCCACCAACUCUGUAACACAAGUAACUAACAGUAAGCAGACAAGGUCGGACUAACCGGGAAACAAGUCUGUUACCGAAACUUGAGAGAGGAGCGGCGCUCUGGCUCUAAUUAAGGCAGCACUGACCGGCUUUCAGCGGAAUGACAGGCCGGCGUGAACCAUGACCGCCGGGAAUCCGGUGCUGUCUUACACACAGUGAGUGAUAUCACAAGAGGAGCGGCCUGUGCCUGAGCACGUCACUGUGUUUAACCCCCGGCAGCAGAAGCAGCUACAGGUCUACAGUGAUGGCCUUCAGGCUGACUAGAGUCAUCGGCGGGCCGGAGCCCAACAGGUCCACCGUGAGCCGGGCCACGGCUAUAGCCGAGCAGCUGAGCCAGGAGUGCUCCAUCCUACUGGAGCUCUAUAGGAAGAAGGAAAGUCUCACCACAGAUGUUUUGAUGGAUGACGGUCGUCUGGUGUCCGUCCCUCCUACUUCCUCCCAGCUGGACAUCAGGGACACGCUCUGGUGUCUCCACUCUGCUCUGCUACAGUGCCGCAGUUUGCUGGAGAGAGCCAUCGCCAGAGAGGAGGAGGAGCUGGGUGGUGGGAAGAAGGGCGAUUAUGAGACGCAGAGGAAAAUGGUGAAGGAGAGACUCUCCCUGCUCUUAAGCAAUGUAGGAGAACUCCUCAAAGCUGUAGAUGGUGCGCCGGUCCUGAGUCCCAGUUUGGAGGGACUGGAGUUAAACGGACCAACCAUUUUGUUUGAGCUGAAGCUUUGGGUUUAUCGGAUCUUCAAAGAGGUGGACUACUGGACCAAGACGACCAUUACCACCUUGCAAGGCCUACCUUCAGUGAUGGCCAAGGAGCACACGAGGACCGCGCGGGUCAGGAGCACGAGAAGCACUCGUAGAUGAGAGUGAUAAUUGAGCGACAAAAGGUUAAGAGAUGGAGAGGUAAGAGGGCGAAGGGAUUUAAGGUGAUCAAGAGAGAUGCACAGAUCUCCACGAACGCAGGGAGAUGUGUGUGUUGGGCUAUUUUUUAGGGCAUGAAGCCUCGCCUGCAGAAACUGUCUCUAACUACAUUCAUCAAAGCUUAUAACAGCAAGUGUAUUUCACUCUAAGUCUAAUAUAUCUAUGUAUUUAUUGAUAACAGUGUAGGAUCUUACUCAUAGAUACAGUUUCUUUCUUUCUCAUUGACAUGAAAACGUUUAACAGACUUGUGUGUUAAGUGAGUUAUUAAUUAUUCAGAUAAACAGCCAGGCUGCACUGCAGCUGGGAGAGGAAAUGAGAAAAUAUAAAUUUGUACAAUCGCCACACUGUAGCUAUGUAGUGUUUGGCUUAAAUCAUUGUACAUAGAUGGAUAAAUCAGCGUAUGAGGGAAAACAUAUGCAACAGCGCCAUCCAGUGUUUAUUUGUUGCUAUUGCAUAUAUUUAUUCCUUUUUCCCUCCUAUUUUGAUUUGCCCUGGUAAUGCUGUUUAUGUCAGAACAUGCUGUAUUGUAUUGGUUUUAAUAUACUGUACGGGUCACUUUGUUGGGAAUGAAUCCACAUAAAGCAACGUGACAGAGUUUAGGUACAAGUGCAACAUCAGUGGUGCAAACUCAUGGACACAUAAAUAGGGAGUGUUGUGGAAAUAUUGUUUCCAUAGUAACUAAGCAAAGCAAAUGUAAUAGUAUGUCAUUUCUGAAACAAGAACAAAAGAUUUCAGGAAGACAUCAGGAAGCAGUGUGGGAUCAUGGGAAUUGUUUUCUCGUUUGGUUGCCCACCAGCAUUCGGCAAUGAAUGAAAAAACCCACAUAGAAUAAAACCGAAAAAUGUAAGACAACACUCUGGCUAACUCACCCCGAUGUUUCUUAGGGUGUUGGACACUGAAGAUUUAACAGAGGUGGAAAUAUCAUGAAAAGGUAAACAAGAUUAAAAA